AGGAAGUGAAGACGGAUCCUUCAGGAGAACGACAGAUCGGAUUUAUUUUGCUUCGUCCUUCAUCAUUCUCACUUUUACCGAGACCCCGCGGUCACGUGCCGGCCCCGGUGUGCCGUUAGAGCUUCCCGCGUCAACCAGGCGGGUCCUGGGCCGCUGCCAGGGGACGUGUUUGCGUGCGGGAAAACGGCCGAUUUUCUUCACAGGGUUUCUCUUGGUAGAUCUGAGCCCCGUCCUCCCAGCUGAUCUGUCCACACGUCUCCAUGCCCAACACGUCAGAGGGUCAAGGGCCGCAGCGCCCCCCCCACGGGGCAGCGGGGGACAGCGGCCUCGUUGCGGCGGCGAGGAGGGCCUCGAGCGCCGAGCUCCACCUGCCGUGGACCUGCCCGGUGACCCACUCCAGGGAGACGUUCUACACUGUCUGCUCCGAUUACGCUCUCCUCAACCGGGCGCCGAACGCCACCCCAGACCGGCGGGACGAGGCUCCCACGGACCUCGGCGCCGGGCAGUCCGGAGGGGCGGCCCGCUCGGGCGGGGACUGCGACAUGGAGGAGGGGCCCUCCGGUCCCGCCGAGCCCAUCCUGGCCUGGGAGAUCGACACCAGGGACUUCAACGCCGUGCUCACGAGAAAGAUCGGAACAAGUAAUGUGAUGAAAAGCAGCACCAAGAAGAUGAAGUCCUCGAACCGGCCCAGCAGGAACCUGCAGGACGUCCCUCCACCCGCCUCGCCGGACGAGGUCCAGCAGAGGAAGGUUCUGGACCUCAGGAGAUGGUACUGCAUCAGUCGGCCACAGUACAAGACGUCGUGUGGGAUCUCCUCUCUGGUCUCCUGCUGGAACUUCCUGUACAGCACCCUGGGAGCAGGAAGUCUGCCCCCCCUCUCUCAGGAGGAGGCUCUGCACAUUCUGGGGUUCCAGCCGCCCUUCGAGGAGAUCAAGUUCGGCCCUUUCACCGGCAACGCCACUCUGAUGCGCUGGUUCAGACAAAUCAACGACAACUUCCGCGUGCGAGGCUGCUCCUACAUUCUGUACAAACCGCACGGGCGCCACAAGACGGCCGGGGAGACGGCCGAAGGCGCCCUGAUGAAACUGACCCAGGGCCUGAAGGACGAGUCCAUGGCCUACGUCUACCACUGCCAGAACCACUACUUCUGCCCCGUGGGCUUCGAGGCCACGCCCCUCAAAGCGGCCAAGGCCUACAGGGGAACUUUGGCCACGAAUGACACGGAGCACUGGAUCCUGAUCGGCGAGCCCAGCAGGAAACACCCGGCGAUCCACUGUAAGAGGUGGCUGGACGUGGUGACGGACCUCAACACACAGAACCCGGAGUACCUGGACAUCCGCCACACGGAGCGCGGGAUCCAGCGCCGCAAAACCAAGAAGGUGGGCGGGAACCUGCACUGCAUCAUGGCCUUCCAGAGGGUCAACUGGCAGAAGCUCGGCCCCUGGGCUCUGAACCUGGAGAACCUGCGCCACGACUUCCGCCAGGAGCACCGGCAGGUGGACCUCCAGGUGGACCACCAGGAGCACCACCAGGAGCACCACCAGGUGGACCUCCAGGAGCCGCACCAGGAGCCGCACGGGGCGGAGGACGGCGAGCAGAGGAAGGCGCCCAAGCGCCUGGGCGCCGUGGGGCGUUCGCACAGCACGGGGAGCCAGAGAGACGGCGGGCGGAGGCGUCCGUCCAACGCGGCGGAGCCCAGAGCCAGGGCCCCGCCCCCCGACGGCGCCCUGGAAGAGGACGUCACAGGCUGACGUGCAGCGGCAGGCGUGCGGUCCGAGGUGAGGGAAGGAAGACGAGGCGCACAUCUGGAUGAACUCUGGAUUUAUGCCACUUGUUCCGCAAUUACAAAUAGUUCACUGAGAAAAAAAACCCCUUUGUAGAGAAACAGGGAACGGAGAAGAAAGAAGUGGUUUCAGUGGCCACAGAAUAACGUCCGAACCAUGAGAAGAAUAUAAUACUAAUGUAAUAUGACAUCAUGGCUUUUGGGGUUGAAGCUGCGGGGCGAAGACGAGUCAGUUAUGAGGCUUCAUUUCAAGAUUUUAUUAUUUUACUUGAAAUGAGAGCAGGGGAUUUGUUUAUUAAUUAUUUAUCAUUUAUCCAGAUUAAUGUGAAUUUUCGACAAUCCAUUCAGUUGAGAUUAUUAUUGAGGUGUUGACUCCAUACAGAUGUGAUCAGAGCACAAGUUACUUGAAAGCUUCUUAUAGCUUACGUCAACGAAGCUUCUUAAGCUGCAGAGGAGUUUGCGUAGCGUUGGAUCAUCGUUUGAGACACUUGGUGCGGACCUGCUGGGUAUCUUUUCAUUU